GAUGGCCAGUGAAGGCUCCAACAUCCCAAGCCCCGUGGUGCGCCAGAUUGACAAGCAGUUUCUGAUCUGCAGUAUAUGCCUGGAACGGUACAAGAACCCCAAGGUCCUCCCCUGUCUGCACACGUUCUGCGAGAGGUGCCUGCAGAACUACAUCCCCGCCCACAGCCUCACGCUGUCCUGCCCCGUGUGCCGCCAGACCUCCAUCCUGCCCGAGAAAGGGGUGGCCGCGCUGCAGAACAACUUCUUCAUCACCAACCUGAUGGACGUGCUGCAGCGGACGCCUGGCAGCAACGUCGAGGAGUCGUCCAUCCUGGAGACGGUCACCGCCGUGGCCGCGGGGAAGCCGCUCUCCUGCCCCAACCACGAUGGCAACGUGAUGGAGUUUUACUGCCAGUCCUGCGAGACCGCCAUGUGUCGUGAGUGCACUGAGGGGGAGCACGCGGAGCACCCCACGGUCCCGCUCAGGGACGUGGUGGAGCAGCACAAGGCCUCUCUCCAGGUCCAGCUGGACGCCGUCAACAAAAGGCUCCCGGAAAUAGACUCCGCUCUGCAGUUCAUCUCCGAGAUCAUCCACCAGCUGACGGCCCAGAAGGCCAGCAUCGUGGACGACAUCCACGCCACCUUCGAUGAGCUGCAGAAGACGCUGAACGUGCGUAAGAGCGUGCUGCUCAUGGAGCUGGAGGUCAACUACGGCCUCAAACACAAGGUGCUGCAGUCGCAGCUGGACACCCUGCUGCAGGGCCAGGAGAGCAUUAAAAGCUGCAGCAGCUUCACGGCGCAGGCCCUGAACCAUGGCACGGAGACCGAGGUGCUGCUGGUGAAGAAGCAGAUGAGCGAGAAGCUGAGCGAGCUGGCCGGCCAGGACUUCCCCCUGCACCCCCGCGAGAACGACCAGCUGGACUUCAUCGUGGAAACCGAGGGGCUCAAGAAGUCCAUCCACAACCUGGGCACCAUCCUGACCACCAACGCCGUGGCCUCGGAGACGGUGGCCACGGGCGAGGGGCUGCGGCAGACCAUCAUCGGGCAGCCCAUGUCCGUCACCAUCACCACCAAGGACAAGGACGGGGAGCUGUGCAAGACGGGCAACGCCUACAUCACGGCCGAGCUGAGCACGCCCGACGGCAGCGUGGCCGACGGCGAGAUCCUGGACAACAAGAACGGCACCUACGAGUUCCUCUACACCGUCCAGAAGGAGGGCGACUUCACCCUGUCGCUCCGACUCUACGACCAGCACAUCCGCGGCAGCCCGUUCAAGCUCAAGGUCAUCCGGUCGGCGGACGUGUCUCCCACCACCGAGGGCGUGAAGAGGCGCGUGAAGUCCCCGGGGAGCGGCCACGUCAAGCAGAAGGCGGUGAAGAGGCCCGCCAGCAUGUACAGCACCGGCAAGCGAAAAGAGAACCCCAUCGAGGACGAUCUCAUCUUCCGAGUGGGCACCAAAGGAAGAAAUAAAGGAGAGUUUACAAACCUUCAGGGCGUAGCUGCAUCGACCAGCGGGAAGAUACUGAUUGCAGACAGCAACAACCAGUGUGUGCAGAUAUUUUCCAAUGACGGCCAGUUCAAAAGUCGUUUUGGCAUACGAGGCCGCUCUCCCGGGCAGCUGCAGAGGCCCACGGGGGUGGCCGUGCACCCCAGCGGGGACAUCAUCAUCGCCGAUUAUGAUAACAAGUGGGUGAGCAUCUUCUCUUCAGACGGGAAGUUUAAGACAAAAAUCGGCUCGGGGAAGCUGAUGGGCCCCAAAGGAGUGUCCGUGGACCGCAACGGGCACAUCAUCGUGGUAGACAACAAGGCGUGCUGCGUGUGCAUCUUCCAGCCCAACGGCAAGGCGGUCACCAGGUUCGGGAGCCGAGGCAACGGGGACAGGCAGUUCGCAGGUCCCCAUUUUGCAGCUGUCAACAGCAAUAACGAGAUCAUUGUCACAGAUUUCCAUAAUCAUUCUGUCAAGGUGUUCAACCAGGAGGGCGAGUUCAUGCUGAAGUUCGGCUCGAACGGGGAAGGCAACGGGCAGUUCAACGCGCCCACCGGCGUGGCCGUGGACUCCAACGGGAACAUCAUCGUGGCCGACUGGGGCAACAGCCGGAUCCAGGUGUUCGAUGGGAGUGGAUCGUUUCUGUCCUACAUUAACACAUCUGCUGACCCGCUCUAUGGUCCCCAAGGCCUGGCCCUGACUUCAGACGGCCACGUGGUGGUCGCGGACUCCGGGAAUCACUGUUUCAAGGUCUAUCGGUACUUGCAGUAACAGCGUGGCGUCGGGCGCCCCCUUGCGGAGGUCUUGCGCUGCAAACUGGAAUGGAUUAGACGACGCAGGGCCAGGUUCCCGCCAGACUUCUCGUCACUGGUGAACUUUCCACGGUUAUUUCUGAAUGUAACAACUUCCUUACGAACUGCGUAUCCAAUUUCUGUAAUUUGUCUUUAGGGUUUAAAAAAGUUCUCUUCUACGGAAUCUCGAAGAACUGCGACGUUUUACACCUGUGGACUAUGGCUUAGCGACAGGGAUGUAUGUAGGUAAACUAAUUUUGCAACUCAAACUAAAAAACCAGGACUAUGUAAAGGUAUUUGUUUACCCCGUGGAUGGUGGCUUUUGCACAGAGCUUCCAAAAAAAAAAAAAAAAAAAAAAAAA